AUGAAUUAAAAUAUUUAAGUAUGUCGUAUGAUUGAUUCACCUGAAUCUAUAAUAUGUAAUAAACACAAUGAAAAAGUUGAAUUCGUUUUGCUCAAUAAUGACAUACAUGGAAAUGAUAAACUUUUAUGUAAGGGAUGUUUUUAUGAAUUUUCUGGUGUAAAAUAAGUUUAUAGCAUAUUUGAGGCUGCGAAUAAAUUAUAAGAGAUGAAAAAUUUGGAAUAUUAGGGUUAAAAGGCUAUGAUAUUAGAUUAACUGCAGCAAAUUAUUAUUCAUAUUGAGGAUAUGAUCACAUUCCAGGGUAGCUUUCAAUAAUAUGCCUCCAAUAUAUUAGAGGUGAUGAACAACUGGAAACUUGAAUUAGGGAAUAAAUUAAUUGCAAUUUCUUAAUACAAAUUUUAAGACGAAUUAGAUAGAUUUAACGAUAGUACUUUAACUUCUAAAAAUGAUGAUUAAAUAUUACAAUUUAUUUAGUAAUCAAAAUGGUAAUAUUCGGAAAAGAUUUAGAAUAACUUAACUAAUAUAUAGCUUUUAACAACAAAUAACUAAACUUUUUUAAAUCUCUUGGAGUUUGUUAAAAAAUAAUAAGAAUUUGAAUCAGUUUAGAGGCUAAACCAGUAAUCAUAUUACUCGGAUCGAUUUGAUAGUUUAUUUAUAGCUAGAGAGGAUAGUAAUGGCCCACGUGUUAUUUUUCAAAGCCAAAAUCAACCAGACCAUGAUAUGAAAAUAUCAUUAAAAUUAAGCCAAACCUUCCCAUAAAAAGAUACCGUUUUAUCGAUAUCAUUUAGCCAUGAUGAUUCAUUACUUGCUUCAGCUUGUAAUAAUGAAAUUAAAUUAUGGUAAUUUUAAGAUGGAAAAGUAUGCGAUUGUAUCGGUACUCUAGAAGGGCAUACAUAACAAAUUUUUACUUUAGCAUUUAGUAAAAACAAAAAUUGGUUAUUUUCAGCAGGAAAAGACAUGUCAAUUAUUUUAUGGAAACCAAAAAUAUUUUUAUUUAAUUUUAUUAUUACGACUAAACAAUAAUAACUAAAUGCUCACAAGGAUUACAUUCUGCAAUUAAUAUUAAAUAACAAAGAAAAUUAAUUGAUCUCUUGUAGCUCAGACACUAAAAUUUCCAUUUGGUCUGUAAAUUAUAGAUAAAAUACUAUUUAAUUUUAAUAAUCUUUAGAAAGACAUGGCGGCCCUGUGAUUUCUAUUUGUCUGAAUCAAAGCAACAAUUUGCUGGUAUCUAGUGGUUUAGAUAGAUAAAUAAUUGUUUGGAGUUAAAACAACAAUAAGGAAUGGGUGUUUCAACAAGUAAUAAGUAAAUUAACAAAUGAUUUUGGUUAUAGAAUAAGCUUUAUUUCAGAUGUAUCUAUAGUUUGGUAAUCAUUCAAAAUGGGAUUAACUCAUAUAUUUAAAUAGGAAGAUGGUACCUUCAAAGAGCUAUUAGAUUAUAGAAUAUAACUUUCAAAGAAGGCUGAAAAUGAUGGAGAUUACUCAUUUCCAUCAAUAUUCAAUUCUAAUAAAUAAAUCUUAAUUUAAAAACAUUGUAAUCGUAUUCAUUUUUUGACUCUAAACUCAUAAACUUAAUUAAAAGUUUAAUAAGAAUAAAUCAUCUUAAAUAAUUAACAAAGCUAUGGAAAUUUAUCAAACGAUGGUAAAUAUUUAGUCCUUUGGUGCGAUCAAAAGUUUUUGUUAUAUGAAAUAUGCUAUGAAUGA